AUGGCAUCCGAACAAACCCAUCCCCACAUCGCGGCCGGCAAUCAUGAGGGGUACAUGGAUUAUGCUCUGGAGCAGGCUCGACAUUCUCCUCCAGCACCCACCAAGUUUUGCGUAGGAGCCGUCCUUGUCGACGCGGAUAAGAACAAGAUAUUAUCAACCGGGUGGUCGCUGGAACUGCCAGACAACAAUCCCGCAGAUCCAGGGAAGACACAUGCGGAGCAGUGCUGCUUCAUCAAAGUAGCGCAUAAGUACAAUAUCCCAGAGGAGCGACUCUGCGAGGUACUACCGCAGAACACUAUCCUAUAUACGACCAUGGAACCAUGCAACAAGAGACUGAGUGGGAACAAACCUUGCGUAGAUAGGAUACUAGGAUUGAAGGACUGCAUCAAAACAGUGUACAUAGGGAUCAAGGAACCAGAAAACUUCAUCGAUCAGAGUGUACUGGUCAUUGGGCGGCAACGGUUACAGGACGCAGGCGUUGAGGUUGUGUUCAUUGAGGGUAUGGAAGAUCGUAUUAUGAAGGUCGCUCUAGCAGGUCAUUGA